AUGUCUAAACGAAUGCUCUUCUUGAUGUCAAUAACAUUAUUAACGUUAAAUACUGUAAAUGCAUUUCGUGGACAAGGAAUGCUCUUCCUUGAAUCGGAUUUCAAGGCGUGCGGAGAAAGUGAUGGGGAUAAAGACAUGUUUUGUGCAUUAAAUAGUGCUCAAUUUAAUGACUGUGGCAAACUUAUUAAAAUAAAAGGACCAAAAGGAAAUGCCAUAGUAAAAGUAAAAUAUGAAUGCCCGACAUGUUCUUUUGGUGAUUUGGGCUUGUCACCCGAAGUUUUGAGUAAAAUUGCUAAUCCUGAUGAUAAUGAAAUACCCAUUACUUGGUCAUUCAUAGGUGAAAGUGAUGGGUUUAUUCAUGGACAUAGAAAUGUACCAAAAGUUGUCCCUAGAGCAGAAGAACCUGCACCUGAGGCUCCAAAAGACGAACCUAAAACGGAAGAAAAGGAAGCUCCAAAGGAAGAACCUAAAGAAACGGAUGAAAAAGAGGCACCAAAGGAAGAACCUAAAGAAACGGAUGAAAAAGAGGCACCAAAGGACGAACCUAAAGAAACGGAUGAAAAGGAAGCUCCAAAGGAAGAACCUAAAGAAUCGGAAGAAAAGGAAGAUCCAAAGGACGAACCUAAAGAAAAGGAAGUAAAAGAAGCUCCAAAGGAAGAACCUAAAGAAAAGGAAGAUCCAAAGGACGAACCUAAAGAAAAGGAAGCAAAAGAAGCUCCAAAGAAAGAACCUAAAGAAAAAGAAACUCCAAAGGAAGAACCUAAAGAAACGAAAGAAAAAACUCCAAAGGAUACACCUAAAGAAAAUGAAGCACCCAAGAAAGCGCCAAAAGAAAAAGAAACAACUAAGAAAGCGCCAAAAAAAGCACCUAUACAAAAUCCUAAAGUCAUAGAAAAACCAAAAGGAAUUAAGGUAGCACAAGAAAAGAUAGGUAUUACACCGGUUAAAGUAAAAAAUAAUCCAAAAGUAGCGAAAGGUUUAGGAACAGGUGGUAAAAGCGCACAAUUAGUAGAUGAUAAUAAAUCAACAUUAAAAUUUGGUAAAGAAAAAGAGAAAAAAGCAAAUAACGUUUCUACAAAAUUUGGUGCCGGUGAUCCCAAUGUUUUUAUAGCAAAUAACGCAUCAAACCAUACAUCUACUAAUGAUGAGGAUCCAAAUAUCGAUGAUGACGAAGACGACGAUAGCAGGGUUAUUCCAGCUACUCCAACUACUACUGAUCAAGUAUUAAAUGAAAAUAAUAAUGACCAAAUUCAAAACGAAAUUAAUAUUAAUAAACAGUUACAAUCUCAAAAUCAUCAAGACAGUUCCAAUUCGAUGAUGAAAUUAGAACUGUUUAGUAAUAAAUUCACUUUUAUUACUGUUUUAUUAGCCGUUACUUAUUUAUUCGAUUAA